AUGGUUGUGGGAAUGCAUCCGGAGCCCAUUAAUGGGCGCGAACUCUCGGCGUACGAGUACAGCGAAGCCGGCGUUAUUUCGGGUUUGAUGACAAGGGCCAUCAUUCAGCCGUUGGAUGUGUUGAAGAUUCGAUUUCAAGUAAGAUUUUGAAUUUAUUUUUUUGGUUCUUAGGUUAAGAUUUAGGCAGUUUAUCAUUAAGGACGUGAAUUUAAGAUCUUCUCAAAUAUUGAAGAAAAGUCGAAGAAUAACCUUUUGUUAACUUAAAGAGAUGUUAUACAUGAUAAAGAUGGUAUAAAACGUCAUAGAAAACGUUUUUGUUGACAUUUUUGAUUUUAUUUUGGUCGGAAAUUUUAAUAUUAAGCUUCUAGAUACUUUUAAAAACAGAAAUUGGCUUUGAAUCUUCUGUUUUGGCCGAUUAAUUCAAAAGCACUUUUAUAGUAGCUUAAAGAUGUUGUAUUCCUUUUAAAAAAACUAUUCUUUGCCUUUCUUGGUUUAACAUACAUUAAAAUAACGAAAAGGCGGCUGCGUUCAAUUAAAUUUUGACAUUUUAACCGAACUCAAAGCUUAACGGGAUCAUUUUGUUACAUUUUAAUUUUCACUGUGUUACAUAUUAAUGUAAAAUACGUUUUUCACAGAAAAUAAAUCAAAAAUAUGAGUUUAUAUAUUUUAUUCAUAUUACUAUAUUUCAGCUUCAAGAAGAACCGAUGCGAGGACAACAAAAAGGCAAAUACAACACAGUGUUACAGUCGAUACGUCUCAUAUUGAGAGAAGAAGGUGGAAAGGCGUUUUGGAAAGGUAAAAUAAGUUGCAUAUUGUACAUUUAUCUUUUACAUCUAUUAAAAAAAGCCUUUUUAUUUAGGUAUAAAAUCAUUUUUUAAGCAAAGAAACAGUUUAAAAUGUACUUUGAGAUCAAAUUGAUUUGAAAGAACCGAGCGUGUCCUUGUUAAUCAUAAAUCUGUCUAGGUCAGCGAUUAGGUUCGUCAAGCACUGACUAUCACCUAGUUAAACGAUAAACUUUUUUUGAUAAAAUCUUCAACAACUGUGACAUUUUUGUUAAAGUUUUAUCAGAUUUUAUUAAUUUUGGGUGUUAAAGAUAAUAUAAUGUUCCUUAUUUCAGAGCGGGGGGGGGGGGGGGUAAGGUAACAUUUUUAAAAAAAUUUACGAAAUUUUGCUUUUUUGGGCAUUUUGGGUAUAAACCUAGUUAAGUUUUACAAAAUUUUAAAUUUUGCUGUUUUUAUCAAUUUAAAUUUCAAGAAAUUUAAGCUUUUAGGUAUAUAAUGAUUUUAAACUUAAAAAUUUCAGGUCAUGUACCAGCCCAAGGCCUAUCAGCCGUAUAUGGCCUUAUGCAGUUUGCAACCUUCGAGAUUCUAACUCAAAAAGUGUCCGAAAUCGAUAGUAUAAAGUACAACAAGAAGACCAACGACUUCUUAUGUGGAGCACUAGCUGGAUGCGCGGCCAUGACUGCUGCCAUGCCAUUGGAUGUGAUACGAACACGAUUGGUGGCACAAGGCGAGCCCAAAGUCUAUUUCAGUACGUGGGAUGCGGCCAGGAAGAUUUGGAAAUCCGAGAAGAUACCUGGCUUUUUCAGAGGCAUCGUUCCAUCGCUGGCACAGGUCGCACCUUACACUGGGCUGCAGUUUGCUUGGUACAACUUUUUUAAUCGACUGUGGAAUAAAUAUGUUGGGCAUGGUAAGUUGGCUGAUGUUUUGUAGUGUUUUAGGGGUACUUUAGUUGUUUUUGGACUUUUUUAUUGGGCUUUUCAUUAUUGUUUUUGUUCUUUUUUUCUAUUUUUCUCGGAAUUUUUGGGUCAAAGUUAUGUCUUUUUGGCUAAAAACAAAGUAAUCUUUAGUUAAAAUGAUGUGUUUUUACAUAAGAAAUUAUCUUAUUAACAUGUUUUUUCUUUCUUACUAAUCUUCUUUCUACUUUUAAGGCAACUAUGUUGUUUUAGACGCGACAGGAGCUCUAUUUUGUGGUGCAGCUGCAGGAACAUUGGCUAAAACAGUAUUAUAUCCGUUGGAUUUGGUUAGGCAUAGGUUACAGGUAUGGUUUUUUAAGGUUUUCAAGGCUUUUAGGAUUAAUAGGUAUUGAUUUUUGAUUUUUGUGAAGUGUUUUUCUUUGCACGGUGCAAUUUUUUCAAUUUUAGGGAUUGCUCCGUGCAAAUUAAAAUUUUUUUUCAGUUAAUAAAUUUACAAAUUAUGAAAAUCUUGUUAUCAACAAGCUUUUUGAAAAUGAAAAAAAAUUUUUGAUUUUUAGGUAACAGUAUCCUUAAGAAUUUUAUUUUUAGGUAACAGCAGUCCUACGUCGCGGAUUUGGCAAAACCUCGGUCCACAAAGGCAUGAUGCGAUCUCUGAUGGGCGUGGUGAAACGGGAAGGCUCUCUAGGACUUUUCAAAGGCUUGGCUCCAUCUAUGAUCAAAGCUGGUGCCAACUCGGGAUGCUCGUUUCUGUUUUACGAAAUGGCUUGCGACUUAAUUAGGAAAUUUGACUAG